UGACCAGAGAAGUCAAUGCGUCAAUGUAAAUAGUUUUCAACCAAACUCUAUGUUAAAUAGACAGAGUUUUGACACUUUUCUCAAAAGAAGAAGAACUGUCGGUACUUCAAAAAUGUCAGAAACCUAAUUUUUCUGUAGCAAGAUAAAUAAUGUAAAAAAAUAUUAAAAAUUUCAAGUACGAAUAAUGGUUCUGUGUGUAUUGCGAGUGUUAAGUCGAGGGAUCAGGCUAGUCAGCAAUGUGAAGGCGGAGCGAUUGAAGGGUGGCUGCCACCCGGGCGGGCCCCGGUACAGCACGUGCCCCGCCGGGAUGAAGGUCACCAUUUGCGGAGCUGCUGGUUGUACUGGCCAGCCGCUCGCCCUGCUGCUGAAGCAGUGCCCGCUGCUGGACGAGGUGGCGCUGUACGACCAGGUGGCCACCUGCGGCUGCGGCAUGGAGCUGAGCCACGUCGACACCAAGUGCAAGGUGUCCUCCUACUCCGGCCGGCACAUGCUGUGCGACGCGUUGAAGGACUCCAAGAUCGUGGUGAUCGUCGUGAGGAAUGAAUGCGACUCGUUCGAGUCCAACGCCCCCGCAGUCUCAGACAUCGCUAUUCAAAUCUGCAACGCUUGCCCAAAAGCAUUCACGAUAGUGGCGACGGAGCCGAUAGAGAGCAUGGUGCCGAUCGUGGCGGAGAUCCAGCGCCUGCGCGGCUGCUACGACGCGCGCAAGCUGCUCGGCUGCGUGGAGCUCAACUGCGUGAGGGCCAACACGGUGAUGGCGGACUUUCUACGAGUGCCUCCUGAGACGGUGCGUGUGCCGGUGAUCGGAGGCGCCACGCCGCAGACCAUGGUGCCGAUCCUCUCCUCCGCCGUGCACCCUUGCCUGCUCACUGAAGAACAGGUGGAAUGCCUGACGACGUGCAUAAUGAGCGGCGGCGAGGCGGUGUGCGCGGCGAAGGGCUGCCUGAAGGAGUCGGCGUGCCUGGCGGGCGCGUACGCGGUGGCGCGCACGGCCGUCAACGUGGCGCGCGGGCUGCAGGGACAGGCCGGCGUCGUGCAGUGCGCGUACGUCGACAGCCUCAACACCUGCGCGCCCUGCUGCCAGUUCUUUGCUAGUCAAGUGUUGUUGGGGUCGUCCGGCGUGACGAAGAACUUUGGUGUCCCGGAGUUGUCCAAGUUCGAGCAUUGUCUUCUGUUGAACUGCCUGCCGUACAUCCGGAAUGAAAUAGCACGAGCCAUCUGGCUGGUGUACUCGAUCUGCAACUCGUGCUGCUCGCCGGAGUGCUCCGUGCACCCGUGCUUCUGCCCGCGGCCGCCCUGCAUGCCCUGCGUGCCGCCCGUCAACUGGACCUGCGACUGCCCGGACGCCUGUCGCGAUGAUUAUCUAGCUUCGAUUUGCCGCAACAUGACUUGCACCGACGGCCCCUACGACCUGUGCUGGCGCCCUCGCCCCCAGGACUACGACCAGGCGCGCGCGCUCAGCUUCAAGCACCUCGCGCCUGCCAAGAGCUGCGCCUGCAGCACCUGCAAGGUCCCGAGGAGCGUGCGCUACGUGCAGGAUUACCUGCAGAAGCAUCGGGACCCUUGCUGUGGCAGGAACGUGUAGACUCAAUAACGAAACGGCCUAACGCUCAAGCAAAUCGUUAGAGUUGGGUCAGUUUCGUUCUAAAGGUGCCUCAUACUGGUAUAGCCUUUGCAUGAAACAUACAACUUGUACAGAGGCGUAGAAAGAUAUAAAAUAUGCGAUGUGACUUCAACUGGUUGCCCUUGAACGUGCGUGCAACAAAAACGAGGUGUGUAGUUUGAGAAACAUGAGGGCUAGUCUGUUAGCGGCGCCGUUGAAAACUUUGACCCUAUUGUUAAAACAAUAAUUGUUAACUGAAUUCUAGACAAAUAUAAAAACGUGUUGAUGCCCAAUGACACCCUUUUGUCAUAUCUAUGGACAAUGAGUUUAGAUUGAAACUGUCGAGCACUGGUCCUUUAACCACACUAGUUCUAAACUAAUAAAAAAUGUUGUCAAACUGAAUAUAAACCAAAUUAAAUUACUUUUGUAUGGUCGUUUAAUGAAAGUAACUGUUUAGA